AUGCUUCGUCGCCUGCAUCGUCGUUAUUGUGGUUCGGUUCUAAAAUGUGUUCUUCGCAGCAAUUUUACCUCAGAUCCCAUGACCGAUCCAAAGGGGAAGAUGUAUUAUGUGAUCCCCGAAAUUCCAACUGAUACGCCUUUGACUAAUCCGUUUCAUGACACUAUUAAGGUUGAACAGAUCUUCACUGGGGUGUCAAAGCAAAUUAUUGAGUUUCAGGUAGCUCUUUCUCAGCUCGUCGAAGGCAUCAAGUCUAAAAGCUUCCCUAUUACCUACGAAAACAUUGUGACGAAAUUAGAUGAAAUAGUUUUUCCUGUCUACCAUUCUCUACAGCUUGUCGAGGGCCUUGGAUUUACCAACAGUGACCCUGCUUGGCGCUUAGUUAUCGGUCGUUUGCUUUCGAAAUUUUUGCGUGCUCAGUGUGAACACUUGUAUUCUUGUGCUGAAAUUUACCGGGCCCUGCAUACAGUUCUUGUUCAACUUGAUCCGAACGACAAAGAAAAACGGGGGCUAAUUGAACAGCUGCUUGCUGAGGGCUGGUCAAAUGGGGCGUCACUUUCUGCUGCAGCUUCUGGUAAAGUUGAUCCCUGUCAGUCCUGUGCCAAUCCACACUUCCCAGUUUCAGUUAAAGGCAGCGAAUGUCAAAAAUCCCUUAACCAACUCAGCUAUCUGCGCUCUGAGCUGUUGAAAGUAGAAAGCUUGUUUGAACAGAUGGUUACCAACAGUGCCUACGUGAGCUCCCCCGAAGCAAUCAGUCAAUCUCAAUUUACAGGCCGUUAUGAAAGUGCCAGUCAAAUCAUGCCAAAGUUGCCUAGUUAUCUCACUAAUGUUCUAAAUCCUGAAGCCUCUGGACAAAUUCCCGUUGCGGAAUCGGAUUUAUCUGCCUCAGCUCCACUCUGGCUGCCUUAUGCCCUUGGCGGAAAGCAAGAAGGUGGAUAUUUCAAGGGAAUGCGUGUUAAUUUGAGCCUCGACACAAGCGCUCAACUGUUUCUGCGCCACUGCAGCAACAGAGAGCUUCGUCGGAUAGUCUGGGAGGCACUUGUUCGUCGAGCCAGUCUGCGCUCCUUCGGUGGCUCAACGGGUCAGCACGCGUCGAACGACCACCGCAUAGAGGAUCUGCGUCGACUUCGCUCCCAAGUGGCCUCAGCAAUGGGCGCUCCCGACUGGCUCUCCCUUGUGUGGAAGCGCACAGCUCCUGGUGGACGUGGACCCGAAACUCCCGACUCCCUUGUCGACCAGGUGCUCGAGCCAAUUCGCACGAAGCUCGUCCCUCUUGGGCGGCUGGAGUGGGACACUCUCAAUGAAUGGGCAGAACCCCACCUGCGAAUAUCUCCUAGCCUGGAACACUAUGACAUCGCCUAUGCAAUAGAACAGUACAACUUCACUACUUCCCUGGCACCCGGGUCGACCCUGUCCAAGGAUCCCCGUUACGAGCGCGUAUUUCCCUUCCAAGCCACCGUCGAUAGAAUACUCGCCAGUGUCGGUGACCUCUUUGGCCUGUCGGUCUCACGUCUGCCCACGGGUGAGGGUCACGCGGCCGCACUGAACAUCGCCGAUAGCUUCGUCUACGAGGUGGUCGACACGGUCGAAGGUGUUAAGCUUGGAGAGGUUCUGGUGGACCUCAAUCCCAAGGAACAUUUCGGCGCCGCGUCCUUCAACAACGUGACCCCAGUGCCUCUGGAGGCCCUUGAUGUUGCCGCCGCAUUCGGCAAUUGCAUUCAGCACGUCGCUAGUCGUGCGCCGUCGUACCUCUUCACGGGUCUGUCGACGCCGAUGCCUGGGAUGAGUUUUGCCGGCUCAACCAGUGGCCACCCAGUGCGGGAUAACUUCCAUCUCACUCAGGACCUCAUUAAACUCCUGCUUAUCCGAUCGCGUGAAAUGCGACGCGCUGUUUUUGGCAACGAUAUAGCAGGCAUAACGGACUGCCGCGCUGCCUCGAACCCAGUCCACGGCAUAUCCCGGAUACGAGCCCUUCCCUUCCUGCGCACCCUCUAUGAGUCGCGUUUCGAUCUGGAGCUAUGGGCGUCUGGACGCUCCAGCCGCAGGACUUGGCGUGCCUUAUCGGAGUUUCUGUGGUCUCAGCACCUGCCCUACUCGCACCACCCCGAGGACCAGUGGCCCUGUUCCGCACUCAGCAUCUUUGGACCUCGCGGCAUACCUGGCAUGCGCUACUCGGAGGUCUGGCGCCAGGUGAUUGCUCUCGACUGCGUCUCCGCCUUCACUGAAGCUGGCUUCGACAAAGACUGGAACGGCAAGAAGGUUAAGGAGCUCUUCAGAAGGUAUCGCAAGUCGGUUCUCGAUCCAGGCACCUCCCUCUCCUGUCGCAGCGUCUUCAGGUCUUUCAGGGGACGCGAUCCCUCACCAAAUGCUCUUCUCGACACCUUCGACACAUCGCAUAUCACACUGCAGGCCUCUACUGUCAAACCCGUGGUCGAUUCCACGGUUGAACCAACCGGCGCGACCAGAUAG